CGGCCGCUGAAGGGUUCGCUGCUUAUACGAGCGUUGGAGUUUCCUCGAGAGCGGGGGAAGCGUGUUGCGACGCCCUGACCGGAGCGAUCUCCACGGGGCCUACGGAUGUGUGCCUUACUGGACAUGACCAACUGCGAGGCCGCCGUCAGCCCGUCGGCCACACCCAAUGCAGCCCGCCCGCCUAAGGAGAGCCGAAAGGGUUCCAAAGCAGCCAAACUGGAGAAGGCCGACAUCCUGGAGAUGACGGUGAAGCACCUGCAGGCGCUGCAGCAGAAGUACGGCGUGGAGCGUGAGCGCGGGCCCCCUCGUGCAAGGGCCGCC